AAAGGGUUAACUCGGUCAUGCGGAUCCGCUAUUUCAAGAAAAAGAAACUCGAUUAUUUGUAAUUUGACACCGAAUCCAAUAUUUCUCAUACUUUCCUUGUCCAAUCCAACUCCAUAAAUCACAAAACACUCCAUUUCAGUAGAUCGUCCGUGGUAGUUCGAACUGAGUUAUUCCAGUUCCAGUCAAUCUAACCCUAAGACAAUUUUCUCGGCAAUUAAAAAUUCAUUUUUCAUCGGGAAAAAAAUCAAUUUUAAUGGCGCAAAACAACAUUCCAAUUAGUGAAGUGUACUGGGCACUAGUUGAUAAAGCUGAUAGAAAAUUCUCUAUGAUUAGAGAUUUACCUUUCUAUGGUGGAACCAGGUAUGAUUCAUAUUUUCACAAAGUAUUCAAAGUAUAUACACAACUAUGGAAAUUUCAACAGGAGAAUAGGCAAAAACUAGUUGAAGCAGGAUUGAAAAGAUGGGAAAUAGGAGAAAUAGCUUCUCGGAUAGCUCAGUUAUAUUAUGGACAAUAUCUUCGAUCAAGUGAAGCUAAUUAUUUAUCUGAGUCAUAUAUUUUUUAUGAAGCUAUUGUGAGUAGAGAAUAUUUUAAAGAUGGACCAUUGUCAUCGCAGGAUACUAAUUUAGUUAAUAAACAAUUCAGAUGUUUAGCUAGGUUUUUGAUUGUUUCUUUGGUUUUGAAUCGGAGGGAGAUGGUUAGUCAUCUUGUUAAUCAGCUUAAAUUAUUGGUUGAGGAGUGCAAAAGAACUUUUCAGGAAUCUGACUUCAAAGAGUGGAGGCAGGUGCUUCACGAAAUUGCUAGGUUUUUAAAGUAUGAUAUGCCAUUUUUGAAUAUCAGGCCUUUAAGAUACAGUAUGAUCCUUGAUCCAAAUCCUGAUUCUUUACCACAUGUAACUUCAUGGGAAGGUAGACGAAAUCUCAGACUACGAGAAGCAAUAGUUAGCAGCUACCAUCAUAACGAGGUCAAGUUCACCGAACUCACGUUGGAUACUUUCAGGAUGCUUCAGUGUCUUGAGUGGGAACCUAGUGGGUCCUUCUACCAGCCAGGGGCAUCUACUGGAGGGAAUGGCAUCAGCAGCGGUCAAAAUGGACAAGGUUCUAACCGUCCUAACUACUCACAAGACAUUACAGAUCCACUGUUGCCACCAAAUCCACGGAAAGCGAUCCUGUAUCAUCCUGCAGUUACACAUUUUAUUGCUGUCCUGGCUACAAUAAUCGAGGACCUUCCUCCUGAUGGCAUCCUUUUGAUCUAUCUAUCAGCAUCAGGAAAACGUGGACAUGGUGUUUCUUCACCACUAAGCGCCGGAGCUAUUGAGAAUGCUUCUGAAAGCACUGUGAAGAAUUUCCAAUCUCAUGACAUGGCCUCUGAUAUACAGUGCAGUUCUACAUCAAUCUCUCAGCACAACAUUCCAACCCACUCUUAUAGUCAACGCAAUGACAAUAACAAACACAAUCAUCCAGGUUGCCUAUGGAUGGGUUCUCGUGGAACUGGAGGUUCAAACUGCAUAUGCCCAUCUGACUUAAUUCCUUUCACAAGAAGGCCUCUUUUUUUAAUUAUUGACAGCGAUAGCAGUCACUCUUUCAAGACUUUGCGAGGGGCAGAAAUGGGAGAGCCAUCUGCACUGCUUCUUUCCCCAAUUUCUCCAUCUCCAGCUACCACUGUGCCAUUUGAUUCCUCUGGGCACUCAAGUGGAAAUCAGUUCACUAUGUUCUUAACUGCCCCUCUUCAAGCAUUUUGCCGGUUGGUUGGUCUUUCUGGGUCUAAUAUUGACAUGGCUGCGUAUAACGAGGCAGAUAAGUUGCUCACGUUAUCAUUGAAUGCAUGGGGAUCAACCUUGGCAACAUCGGACACACUUGAUCCAGUUUGGGCUCAAAUCUUAUGUGAUCCCUUCCUCAGGAGAAUUCUUGUGAGGUUCACAUUUUGCCGAGCUGUACUUGCACUUUAUGCACCAACUUUCAACAAGGAAUUCGUUCCAGACUGUUUACCUCACCUUCCUGAUUCCGUCCUACCAAUGACCAAGGCUUCUCAAACUGCAAUUCUACAAAUUGCUCACACUUUCGGCGUAGCCAACCAAUUCAGAUUCACUGAAGGAAUUUCAGCCCCUGAAGACGGGAUUUGAAAUAUAAAAGCAUUUGUUUCCCCCUUUUCUGUGUUUAUUGUAAAUUCUGAUAGGGAGUUAUCCCUGUUUUUACCCCAUUUUCCUUAGGGUGCAGCACAUGCUGGUAACAAUCUUUGGUGUUCAUCCAUUCAGGAAAAAUAAUUGUGCAGAAAUCCUGAAGUAUAUGAAAGUUAUGGGUACUCUUGGAGUUGAGCUUAAUUUCUGUGUAUAGGUGUUUGUAGGGAUGAAAGAUUGGUCCCAAAAUCAUUAUGUUUAAGUGAAAACUAUAGUCCUACACAUCAAUUUACAUACCCGGAGGUCCAAUUACCAUACUUUUGUAACGGGUCAGUUCUUGUCCAGAA